AUGUAUCCCAAGGUGGAAUAUCAACUGUCCCGGUUUUCCGGGGCUUCCCCGAAUUACAAAUACAAAAAGCACGAGAACCGCGAGCCAUGCCCGUUGCCCCCUCCCCCGCCGAAACCCAAGGCCGCCGACGACAGCCUCUUGUGGGGGGCGAUGUUUUUGGCCACGAUUGCCGCAGGCAUAGCGGUGUACGCUAAGCGGUCACCUGAAAUUCGAGAUUGGAUGACAAUAUACGCGCCAUGGUUCGACGACUUAAUAGCGAUAUUGUACCAGGAGAAUAUGACGUACAAGGAGCUAGCAGAGCAAUGUAUAAUUAGCCUCAAGAAAUAUAUACACAUGGACGACAAAAAGUCCGAGAUCUGUGAAAUAGACGAGGUUACUGGAAAUGCUAAAAUUAUUCCAACAGUUCCUGUGAAGCCAAUAGAGCCACCUAAAGAAAGCGGAGAAGACAAUACGGAAAAGCCCCCGUGUAAAGUCCUUCCUCCUCCAGUACUAACGAAGGAUAUUUGUAAAGUGGAAGAUUGUCUUAUAGACCUCUACGAGACAGUAAUAAAUAACUAUGACACUGCUAAAGCUGCUUGUGCAUAUUACAAUCAGCUCGUCGAAGAAAUAAUGACGGACUUCUCGAUUCCCAAGCUGAAGGACCUCAAUAAGGCUAUGAACGAACGUUUGGAGUUGGUCAAGGUUUCCCUUAAUAAUGCGGAUAAUGCUGAAGGAGACAUGGAUGAUUUGACCCGUUACAUAGACUGUGGCGUGCAAGCGCCACCCGAGAAGAUAGAAAAGGUUAAAUCGUUGUUGGAAGAUUGCUUUGAGAGAGUGAAAGCAGCGCGGAUACAAUUUGAAUGGGAGAACGACAAGUCUGUUGUUCUUGAUAAGCUGUGGCAGAAGGUGGAGUCACAAAUCAACAGGUACACUGAAGAGACAGAGGUGAUGAUACCGGGCUUGCAAUAUGCACAGAAUAAGUUAAAGUUGGACGGUGAUCCUGAUUUGCUCCUUUACCAUACGUACCGUUACACUGCAGAGUUGCAACGGGAACUCAAUGAUGCUGUUGCAGCAAUGAGAGAAAGAGUCAAUCGGGCAGUCGAUACGGUACUACCACAAGGAGAGAAAGAAAGUAAAGAAAGAAAGGAGCUCAUGGCGACUACACUUAAAGAAAAACGCGCUGAGGUAGAAGCGGAAUACAAGAAAAGAGAACAAGACCAGAACCAAAGGAACGAAGCUCUGUUAAAGGAAGCGCUAAACAAGCAGUUGCAGAGACACGAAGAAAGUUUACAAGUGACAGCUUCAACAGAGAGAAGGAGAGGCCAAUGCCAAGCUAAAACGGAUGGUAGC